AUGCUCAAAACUUCUCCUCUCUUCGGAGGCCGUCUCGGCGGCCGCCACUGCCAGAUCUUCCCCACGGCUUCACCCACGGCACCCGCUGCCCACCCCCGGUCCCAGGAAGCGCUUGCCCUCGAUGCAGCGACCGAGGUUCAAUUGCCAACAGCAGCAAUUUCAACCCUGCCGCCACCGUCGCAACAGCCCCCCAAUUCCCCACCCGCUGCGACGUCGCCAAUAACCCACCACCACCAGCCAUCGCGAGAACACCAUCUUCUACGAAGGGGCCUCGGCGGCGCCCCGGACACGUUUCUGCAAUCGCCCUUCCGCACCCGCCGUGCCGGUGUCCCGCUCAGGCAGCUUCACCCGGCGCGCCUCUGGAAUCCGACCAACUCGACCCCGAGAAACUUGGAACCCCCGACCACCCGGCCACGGCGUCUGUCCACACCGCCACCUCCGCCGGUCCCGCUCGCGCGCCCUACACUUGACGUCACCGAGUACGCGCCCGAAGCCCCCGGCACCUCCGCCGGCGAUUACCCGCUCUUGACAGUCCCGGAACAGCGCGAGGUCCGGUCUGCGCUUUCCAACAGGGCCAGUCUCCAUCUUGAUCGCGUCGCCGGGGCCGAACAGCGCGCCAGCCUGCCGCCCUCGUUACGCCAUUCGUACGACGGGAAGCGCGCGAGCCACACGCCAUCGCCGGUCGAGGAACCAGAGGCAGGCCCCUCAACCAACCGACACGCCGCGCACCUGGUGGUCCCUGAGGUCCGGAAGUACAGGGGAAGAGGCCUGAGCUUUACGAAGCUGCAAGCACCGAUCGGGCUCAGCUUCAGACCGGGGUCAAAGCAGAAGGAGGAUAAGGGCAAAGGGAAGGAAGUCAUGGCGCCGCCCGAGGAUGCCGGGGAUGGCUUCACGCCGGACCUGGAACGCGGACCGGACGUUAUGAACCAUCGUCACUCGACGGCUUCUGGGAUAUCUGGCAUCGGGUCGGCGAUUUCUUCGAGCGAUUCGUCUAUCAUGGGAGACCCAGAUCAACCGCCAGACAAUGGAGAAGAAUGGGGACCGCAGCAUCCGUGUUAUCCGCACUUGAAUCCGCAUGUCCCGACGGACUCUCCCGAGUAUGCCAACACGCGCAUCAUCAGGGUCCGCCGGGAUUGGCUGCUCGAGGGUGACCUUGCGCCCACGUUCUCUAAUCUGUAUCCGGACAUUUUGGAUCCCGCGGGCGUCUCAGAGCAAGAGUUCCGCCGCAUCAUCGACAAGCUCAACGGUGAACUGGUCCCCAUAUUCAGCCCGUACGCUUGGAGGAAUAUCCUGGACAACGUCCUGGGCCUGGCGACCGGGUGGCUCUGGGAUGACCUUGGUUUCACAGCUGCCAAGGCACGUCUUCGGAAGCUCGAGGAGUGGAUCGAGCAGUGGAACUCCGACAUGGAGAAGGGGAUGGACUCGGAGGAGGGCAUGAUUCCACCCAAGAUUGUGCCGCUGCGGCGGACGGGGUACAUGACUGUAUGUCUAAUCAACCACUGA